AUGUGGUGUGGGGUGGGUUGUAAUGUGGUGGGUUUGGGCUGGGUUUGGUUCAGGUGGUUCUUGGCCUCCGUCCCGGAGGUGCUGGGACUUCGAUGUGGUUCCUUUCUCCUCUUCUUGGUUUCUGGCGUUGGAUCAGGGAGGCCAUCGCUGCAUCUUCUGGCCGGUGGUGUUGGACGGAAUGGGUGGUGGUGGGCGAGGGACUGCUGCGGUCCAAUCGGUUUGGGGGUCGAGGCUGCGGCCCUGAUGUCUGUCUGCUUUCCUCUUUGCCCAGGCUCUGAGAGUGGGGGGUUAACCGGGUGCUGUCAGGGCUCUCUAGUGGUGUUAAGGGUUCGGUCCAGUGACAGUUCUUUGGCAGUUCGGAUAUUGUGGUUGCGGUAUGAGCUUGGAAGACAACCAGCAAACACAAAGUUGUCAAGCAACAAGACUGUUCGCAGGGUGAGGGUCCGUGGAGGCAACGUGAAGUGGCGCGCAUUGAGAUUGGACACCGGAAACUUCUCGUGGGGUAGUGAGGCCGUGACCCGAAAGACGCGUAUUCUGGAUGUCGUUUAUAAUGCAUCCAACAAUGAACUGGUUAGGACCCAGACUUUGGUGAAGGGUGCAAUUAUUCAAGUUGAUGCUGCGCCUUUCAAGCAGUGGUAUCUUCAGCACUAUGGGGUGGACAUUGGUCGCAAGAAGAAGGCAGCUGUAAAGAAAGAUGGGGAGGAUAAUGAGGCUACUGCUGCGGAAGAGGUAAAGAAGAGCAACAGUGUUCAGAGAAAACUUGAAAAGAGGCAACAGGAGCGUAAAAUCGAUACUCAUAUCGAAGAGCAAUUUGGUGGUGGCCGUUUGUUGGCGGCAAUCUCUUCCCGCCCCGGCCAGUGUGGACGUGCUGAUGGUUAUAUUCUUGAGGGGAAGGAAUUGGAGUUUUACAUGAAGAAACUCCAGAGGAAGAAAGGAAAGAGCGCCGGGGGUGCUUAA